AAACCCCGUCACAUACCGGAACGUAGUUGCAUCGCCUGCGGUCGCAAAGGACCAAAGGGCGACUUGGUUCGCGUGGUUCGCGCUCCGGACGGUUCUACCAGCGUGGACGUGGUGGGCCGUGCCAACGGUCGUGGCGCCUACUUGUGCCGGCAGCCAGAGUGUUGGGAUAAAGGAUUAGUCAAACGCGCCCUGGAGAAGAGCCUGCGCAGCGCAAUUUCUUCCCAGGAUCUGGAUUCAAUGAGAAAUUUCUACCUUGAGACUAUCGCAUCUGCCGCAGCAAGCAAUGGAAUGGCUUCGGCUGGCGACGUCGUGCCCAACAUAAACCAAUGA